AUGUCGAACCAAGAUAAAAGCCAUAAUUUUGAUGUAUUGAAGCAAACAGGAAGCGUUAAAGAUUUUAAUAAGCAAUUUGACCUGGCGGUAGCUGAUUUUCCAGCGGGCCACUUAACUGAGCAAGCGAAGGUAGAUAGUUAUACUAAAAAGUUGAAAUAUCCCGUAAGAAACGAAGUGAAAUACAGAUAUCCGGAUGAGAUAGUAGAAGCACAGAAUAUAGCAUUAGCGUUUGAGAAGCCGGUAUAUCAACCAAAAGGAUCCUAUAAGAAUAAAGGAAGAAAAAAAUGA